AUGGGCCUAGCCAGUCCGGGGCGAAUCGUCAUCCAACAUUUCUGCUAUGACAAAUCUGUGUGGAAACGCUUACAUCCGUUACAAGCUAAUUGCGGGCACUUUUGCAACUAUUUCGGUUUAGAGAAGAAGAAGAACGGCAUAAGCCUCUAUGUGAAGGCGUCAUAUUUGAGGUCUAACGAAGAUUGGCAUGUUUGCUUCCACCUUCAGCAGUCGUCGAUGCAGCCAUGUCAUCAUGCCUUUCCAACUGAUGAUGACUUUUACCGCACCCGCAACCAUGCUUCUAAGGAUUCACGGAGUGAUUUCUAUUGGGCAGAACCGUACGCAUGCAAUGCCAUCACUGACAAUAUAUACGCCGAUGUGAGUGCAUCGCAACAGUCGAAACAUGUUCAGCACUAUUCAAUGGAACCAAAUAAACAAACGAAUAUGGAAACUCUUCUGAUCCGAUCUCCAUCGAAACGCCAGCGUGAUUGUAUCCAUGAUCCAUGUGAUAUCCCUCUGAAGAGGAGUUGUCGUCAGGAAGGGAAUGAUGCAACAUUCACGUGUGGUUGUGAUGAACUCCCUUUUUCGCCGUAUUCCAAUAGAUUUACUGUGAGAAACCUUGACGGUGUGGAGAAAUCAUUGGAAUUGGACGAUUUGGUCGAUAUGGUUUUACAAGUGGCAAAAGAUGUUGAGGAUUCUAAUAUAGCGGAGCAUGUGGUGAAUCUUUCUAAAAGGCGGCUACAAAACAAGAUGGCAGCGGCUCGUUAUCGAGACAAACAGAAGGAAAGGCACCGAUAUUUGCAAAAAGAACAAGUCGAGCUGGAGAGAAAGAAUGCGAAACUAAAAGAAAUCGUCCAAGGUCUGGAGCGCGAAGUCGUCGAGUACAAGGCGAAAAUUAUGCAAAUAACUUUUGAUCUCACUCACUAA